AUGGCAGCCUACGACAUUUUGAGAAGUAAUAAGACAUCCAUUGUGGCCACUUUGUGUGCAGACCACACGCUAAUCCUCAACAAAGUUGAUGAGAACAAGUUGAUAACUGCACGCGAGUACAAAAAACUAAGAAGCAUCGACAAACUAGAUGCAGAGGACCGCGUUGUGGCGUUGGUGGAUACGAUCAUGGACAAAGGAGAGGACAGAUGCCAAGCCUUCCUGAACCUCCUGCAAACUGAUAAGGACAUCCAUGAGACUUACCCUGAGCUGAAGAACAUACUGGAGAAGGGAAACCACCCGGUUCAGGCUUCUUCAGUUGAAAACAUCGAUCAGCCAGAAAGCGGAGAGGAGCACCGACAGCCCCCAAAGCACCGACAGCUCCCAAAAGCACCGACAGCCCCCAAAGCACCGACAGCCCCCAAAGCACCGACAGCCCCAAAAAGCACCGACAGCUCCCAUAGCACCGACAGCCCCCAAAGCACCGACAGCCCCCAAAGCACCGACAGCUCCAAUAGCACCGACAGCCCCCAAAGCACCGACAGCCCCCAAAGCACCGACAGCUCCCAUAGCACCGACAGCCCCCAAAGCACCGACAGCUCCCAUAGCACCGACAGCCCCCAAAGCACCGACAGCUCCCAAAAGCACCGACAGCCCCCAAAGCACCGACAGCCCCCAAAGCACCGACAGCCCCAAAAAGCACCGACAGCUCCCAUAGCACCGACAGCCCCCAAAGCACCGACAGCUCCCAUAGCACCGACAGCUCCCAUAGCACCGACAGCUCCCAUAGCACCGACAGCCCCCAAAGCACCGACAGCCCCCAAAGCACCGACAGCCCCCAAAGCACCGACAGCUCCCAUAGGACCGACAGCCCCCAAAGCACCGACAGCUCCCAUAGCACCGACAGCUCCCAUAGCACCGACAGCCCCCAAAGCACCGACAGCUCCCAAAGCACCCAAAGCCCCCAAAGCCCCCAAAGCACCCAAAGCCACUAAAGCACCGACAGCCCCCAAAGCACCGACAGCCACCAAAGCACCCAAAGCCUCCAAAGCCCCCAAAGCACCCAAAGCCACUAAAGCACCCAAAGCCCCCAAAGGACCCAAAGCCACCAGCAGGUCUGCAAAGUCUCCUGGACCGGCUAGUGCUCGCAAGGUGAUGAAGAAGAAGAAGAAGUAGAUGAGCAGGAUGAAGGUUUGAGGACUGGUUCCCAGUGAUGAUCCCCCCUUCAGGAGAGCUGUACGUGUGUUCCAAGAUGGCAGCACGUUGAUUUGUCUCUGUCUCUGUUAGUGUUUGUCUCAUUCUCGUUUUUUUGGCAUUGACUACCUCUUGUGCAUACUGACAUUUUAUCAUUUUUAUUUAGCUUUUUAGACCCGUUUUUCUUAAUUGGUCUGCUGCACUUUUAAAAGUUUUUGUGCCGGUGCCUCGCUGUGACUGGAUUGUUUGCUCUCUGCCUGAGCUGUGGCUCUUUCGGACUCUGAAUGGCUGUCUGUCCUGCCGUGCUGUCGGGGGCUGAUCCACCUGAGCUGCUGUUCCUGAAUUGGGUGUGUUGCAGCACAAUGUCGCCUAAAGCUACCCUCGUGUUCGCUCUUCUUCUGGGAUUAAUUGUCAGCCCGCAUGUCGGCAAAGCUGACGGAUUGCCUCCCAGCGAUGUCUCUGUUCACUUCGGACAUUCGGAUGGUGGAACCUCUGGAGCGCUGACUCCAUCGGAUAGUGUUUACCAAAAGCUGACGUUUUAUGGCACGAAAUGCGUUCUCCCGUAUGCCCUUAUGACUCUGGACUCGCUAAUAUCGAAUGAUCGGAGCAGCCCCGCCCCUCUGAGGAGUGAUGCAUCCAGACAGAGCCCAUCAAAAAUCAUCUUCCAGGCUGUUAAUAUUGUUACUGCUAUUACUCUCUGGUAACGUUAACAUUAACCCUGGUCCUGAGUGUUUCUCUGCUUCCUUGCAGCAUUUGCCAACUCCGAAUGAGUUUAGCUGUUGGCAAGGAUUGGGUUUUCUGCAUGUUAGUGCUAGAAGCCUAGUGCCCAAAUUAGAUGUGUUCAAGACCUGGUUUUGAGUUGCUAAGCCUGAUAUUGUUGUAGUUUCUGAAACCUGGAUAAAACCGUCUGUCACUGACACUGUUAUUCAGAUUGAUGGAUAUAAUGUAUUCAGAGCUGAUCAUAAGGGCAGAGCUGGUGGUGUUGCAAUAUACACUGCUGAGAAACUACAGUGCUCUGUCCUUCACUCAAUUUCAAUUCCAAGGCAAUUUGAG